ACAGUCACACUAAGCCAAUUCGAUAGAUUUCGAUAGUAAAAAUAAACAUUUUGGAAUAAUAUAAUUACUUUCGUAAAAAUUACUUUUUACGGGGUUAAUUUCAAGCAGAAAGUUACAUUUCCCCAACAUGGUUUACAUACACUUCCCCAAUAAUUUAACCGAAGAGGAGCAGAUGCUGCAGGCCAAGUAUCAGAAACUCAAGAAAAAGAAAAAGGCACUGCAGGCGCACAAGGCGCCUAAGCCGGAGCCGGAGAGCUCCUUGACCUUGAAGCGACCCACGGAUGCCCGAGAUGCCCGUGAAGUGGCCAGAAAACUGAUCAAAAGCGGCGCUAUUCCCGCCAUCCAGAAGCAGACCAAGCAAGAUCAGACAUCCUUCAAGCGACCCAAGGGGCAGGAAAGAGCCAAGCGCUCCACCUCGGAGACCAGUGUCGCCUCUUACCAGCCCUUUUCGUCCACACAGAACGACGUGGCCCAGGAGACUAUCAUUAGCGAGAUCAUUAAGGAGGAACCGCGCCGUCAGAAUCUCUACCAACACUUUGCCACCGAGCGGGAUCGUGAGGAGCGCGGCAUGCCCGAGAAGGUGCCCAUGGACACAGCGCAGCCAGAGAAGCCACGUGCCGGCAAUACCAUCUUCGUGUCUGGCAACAAGGUCACCGAGGAUUUCUUGAAGAAGACAUUCAACGACUACGGCACCAUUGUCAAUGUCUCCAUGGAGAUCGAAAAGAGUCGCGGCUUUGUUUCCUUCGCCAAACCCGAGUCGGCAGACCGCGCCAUUGCGGAGAUCCAUGGCAAGAAUGUGAAUGGCAUCAACUUGCAGGUGCAGCUGGCUAGACGCCAGCCCCAGAUUGAGCCCAUUAACGAUGCCUCCUCGUCGGCAGUCUGGUCAUCUAUUGCCGCCAGCAAAUCACAAAAGGGUAGCCACAAGGACCACCGCGAGAUGGUUCAAUACGAUGAAGACUUCUUGCUCUAGAGCGCCAAUACUUAGUUUCUACGUUUAGCUUUCUACUUACUUCCUUUAUCACUUAGUAACAGAACACAUUUUAGUUUUUUUUAAAAUCAUUUUGCUUUAUUGAAAAUACGCUUCUAUAUAUUUAUGUAUAUAUGUUCACUUUCUGGCUAAGUACUCGCAUUUCAAGUUAUAACGUUCAAAUGAAUUCAAUGAAAAAGAGUG